CCUCCCUCUGCAACCCUAAAUAUCUCCGAAUCAAUUCAUCUUCUUUUCCUUGUUGAUUUCUCCGAUGACGCAAAGCAGUGUUGAUGCACGCCUUGAAGCACUUGAGAAGAGUCAUGAUAAAGUGAUUGCUGACACAAAUCGUCGUUUAUCCAUCAUUGAAAAUGAUCUAGAUUGCUUGACUGAGACGGUGUUAGGGUAUAAUUGCACAUGUCCAGCGACGGUCGGGGCAUUGAGAGCAACUGCUGUAGGAAAUAGCACACAAUACAUCUCUCCUUAUCACUACGUCGUCUCCCCUUAUCACUACGUCGUCUCCCCUCAUCAGCAAAUGGCGGCUUCGGUUAACUCUAACCCUAAGGUUUUCUUCGAAUUCACCGUCGGCGGCAGACCAGCUGGUCGGAUCGUGAUGGAGCUCUACGCUGACACGACGCCAGUAACGGCGGAGAACUUCAGGGUACUCUGUACCGGAGAGAGAGGCAUAGGAAAGACUUAUGGUAAGCCACUCCACUACAAGGGAACAACCAUCGACGGUAUUAGACCACGUUUCAUGUGGACUGGUGGAAAUAUCGUUGGCUCGUCCACAGCGGCAGGCGAUUCGAUUUACGGAGGUGUAUUCAGGAACGAGAACUACAUCAAGAGGCACGACCGUCCUGGUGUCCUCUCCAUGGCCGUCGGUGAUCCACACACCAACGCAUGUCAAUUCCAGAUUGUCUUGGAAAAGUUCCCGCUUCUCGAUGGUGUGCACGUCGUGUUCGGCCAAGUUAUUGAAGGAUUCGACGUCAUCAGGAGCAUUGAAGACGAGGUGUUCAAAACUUUUGACAACAUUCCUUCCAAGCCUGUGGUUAUCGCAGACUGCGGUCAGCUUUCACAGAGAUCCAUUUGAUCCCUCCUACUACUAUGACUAGAAAGUCUAUAACUAUUGGUGCAGGCCCUGUCUUGUUUUCUUGUUUAAUUUUGGUCUGUUUUUUUGUUCUUUAUGUCGUUUGCAUUUUGAGUUUGGUGUUGUGUUUCUUGUUUGAGUUUGUUCUAUCAUAUUUGUCACUAAGCACCUACUAUUCGCUACUACUAGAAUAUG